UCAUGCCAUUCUGAAGAUGGCCUGCAGACGCACAGACUGCCUCGCAAAGCCUCUGUCAGGCUUUUUUGAGAAGCUUGGAUCACUUGUAGGCUCCUAUCCUUGUUAUUUCUUUGUAGUUCCUCUGAUACUCUCAGCGGCACUUGGCGGAGGCUUCACUUUUCUCAAAGACAGGGAGGACAAUGACUUUGAGCGGCAAUUCACACCCAGGAAAGGACCCUCGAAGGCAACAAGAGCAUUUGUCAAGGAAAACUUCCCCUACAAUGACUCCAUGUUUUCAGAAGACAGGUUGUACAACAAUGACUACUUUGCAUCCAUCAUUGCCGUCUCAACUAACAACUCGAAUAUAUUAGCAAAUCCUGCCUUUGAGGACAUCAUCAGACUCAACAAUAAGAUCCUUAAUAUCACUGUGUACAAUGGGACACUAGGUUUCAGUGAGUUGUGUGCAAGAGACAAUGGAGAAUGUGUCUCAAACACCAUCCUGGAUAUCGUCCGCUCUAAUAAAACCGAUCAAACCGGCAUCAUCUUCCCUGUGUGUACAUACAGAUCCAGCUCAGUGUUUCUGGGUUCUGUGCUAGGCAAAGUUAUCACAGAUGCCAACAGCUCAGUCAUAAGUGCUCAGGCUGUAAAACUCUUCUACUACUUAGAUAGCAAGGAGAGCACAACUAACGCCUCAAAAUUAUGGCUGAGAAAAUUUAAAAAAGUCCUAUCAGAAGAGACGGACAAAAAACACAUUGACGUGUCUUACUACACCUCCAAAUCCAAGCAGGAGGAGAUUGACAGUCACAUCACAGAUGGCUUCCCUUUAUUCCUCAUUACUUAUGCCUUAGCUAUCACCUUCUCGGUCAUAUCCUGCCUGAGAUCGGACAACGUUAGGAACAAGAUUUGGGUGGCUAUCUUUGGCGUCUUAUCCUCUGGCCUGGCUGUUCUCUCCUCCUUUGGCCUGCUGCUUUACAUUGGAGUGCCAUUUGUUAUUACAGUCGCAAACUCUCCUUUCCUAAUACUCGGAAUCGGUCUCAACAAUAUGUUUGUUAUGAUGUCUGACUGGCAGCACACCAACGUGAAAGACUCAGUGCCAAAGCGGAUGGCUCACUCCUACAAAGAAGCUAUCAUGUCCAUCACCAUCACCGCCCUGACCGACAUUCUCAAGUUCUCCAUAGGCGUCACGUCCGACUUCCCAUCAGUGCAGUGGUUCUGCCUGUACACCACCACAUCCAUCAUAUUUUGUUACAUCUACACAAUCACCUUCUUUGGAGCCUUCCUGGCUCUAAAUGGGAGGCGAGAAGCCAGCAACCGGCACUGGCUGACCUGCAUGAAAGUACCAUCAGACAAACAAGUUCAUCAUUGUGAGGUUUAUAACAUCUGCUGUGUGGGAGGCAACUAUGAUAAGGACACUGGAGCAGAGAAAAAACAGCUAGCGAGUAAUUUCUUUAAGGAUUACUACGGCCCGUUUUUGAUCAAAGCCUGGGUCAAGGGAGUUGUAAUCAUCCUUUAUGUGGUAUAUUUAGUUGCAAGUAUUUAUAAAUGCUUCCACAUACAACAGGGGAUUGAGCUGUAUGAUCUGGCAGCUGAUAACUCCCACGUUACAAAAUUCAACCGUAAGGAUAGACAGUAUUUUUCUGAUUAUGGUCCAUCUGUGAUGGUUAUUGUAAGUGAAAAAUUCCCAUAUUGGAAUAAGACCAAGAGGCACCAACUUCAGGGAUGUAUGGAGAACUUUAAAAGGCUCCAAUUUGUACAUGAGGAUAUGUAUACAUCCUGGCUGGACUCGUAUAUGUCAUAUGGACAAGAAACACAUUUAAACCUUGAUGAUAAAGAUGUGUUUCUCAAAAAUAUAUCACAUUUUUUUGAUUUAUUUCCUUAUUUUAAGCAAGACGUGAACCUCUCUGGAGAUGCCAUCCAUGCAUCCCGGUCCUUCAUUCAGACUGUUGAUAUUGCCAAUGCCAGCAUGGAAAUUCAAAUGCUUGAUGGUUUUAAAACCACUGUGGGCAGAUGCCAUGCAGCAUCUUUAUUAGUCUAUAACCACAAAUUCAUCUUCUACGACCAGUACGGCGUAGUAGUCAGUAGCACGAUUAAAAACAUUGGCGUGAUCACAGCCGUGAUGUUGGUCGUCUCUCUCCUGCUGAUUCCAAACCAUCUCUGCUCAUUAUUGGUGACUUGUUCGAUUGGUUCAGUGAUUGUUGGGGUAACUGGUAUCAUGGUGCUAUGGGACAUCACUCUCGAUUCCAUAUCCAUGAUCAUUUUCACCGUCUGCAUCGGCUUCACUGUCGAUUUCUCUGCUCACAUGUCUUACGUCUUUGUCUCAAGCAAGAAACCGACUGCUAAUGACAAGGCUGUGGACGCUCUCUCCAGUUUAGGCUACCCCAUAAUUCAAGGGGCGUUGUCCACCAUUUUAGGGGUUUCAGUGUUGGCCGCGUCCAAAUUUCACACAUUCAGAACAUUUUUCAAGAUCUUCUUUCUCGUCGUUUUUAUUGGGAUGCUUCAUGGCCUUAUUUUUGUUCCCGUAGCUCUGACAUUAUGUACAUAUCGCUCAGCUGAAAAAAAAAAUGAAGAUAAGAUUAUAAAAAUCAGCAAAAUAUGACCACUGCUACAAUGCUGAUCUUGUGUAGCUAGUUAUGACUAUUGGGUAAAUUUACAGAAAGAUUACUUUGAAAAUGAUCAAUGACCGUUUAAAGCAAAAACUUCCCUUUUUGGAAUUUAUCUAACCCCAUAAGUAUCGAAAAAUGUGAUUCAGUGAAGCCUUUUGCCAUAAUAUUUAUGGAAGAACAGAUUACUGUACUUUGUAAGUUAUUCAUUGUAAUAUUCAUGUCGUCUUUUUUUUUACGGAUGAUGAUGAGUUCAGUUCAAUUGGAGGUGUUCUCUAAUUUACCAUUUUACAAAUGACA